ACAUUAAAAGAAACCCACUCUCUCUCUUUCUUCGCUUCUCUUCUCUGUUCAUUUCUUCUCUCUCUCUGAAACAUACACUCAAAGCCAAACAAAACAACAUAAUCUCUUAAUACUUUUACCACAACUAUAACGCACAAUCUCUCACUUUCUUCUUCAAUUCAGAGAGAUCUUGUCCUUCUACAAUGCCCUUUUUGUAGCGGACAAGGUAAUCUCACUUUCUAUUUUUCCAACUCUUUUUUCUCACUCAAGUUUCUUUCAAAUUUCUUGGACCAUUUUACGCUUUCAAAUCCAACUUUUUUAUUUUUUUUGAGCUAUUGAUUUAUGCCCAUUCGGUCUUAGGUUAUGAAAAAGCAAGUUUUUGUUGCUGAAUUUCUAGGGUUUCAUUGGAUCACAAUCAGGGACUUGUUCAAGGGGGCUGAAUUUGGGACUGAUUAGGGUUUGAGCGUUCCGGAGAUUGUGUUUGGGAUCAGAUAGAAUGAGGAUGAGUUGGGAUCUUUGGAGAAAUUGGAGUUGUGGAUUUGACUGUUGUGGGAUUGAGUUUUUGAGCUCUGAAGAUGCCUAAAAUCAUGGUGGUUGAACAGUGUUGGUUUGGUCAUGGAAGAAGAUUGCAUUUAUAGAAUGGUUGUGUAGAUGGUAAUCAAGAAUUGGAGAGUUUUAACUGUUGUUUCAAGGAAAAGGGUAUCUGGAUUUUGAUAGUGUUUUGUGUGCUGAUCUUCAUUAGGGGAUGAUUUUGGUAUUAGGCUUUGAUUAUAGGGAGGAGGUGAUGGUUCUUUAUUGGCCCAGAAGGCAAUAUAGAAGAUUGGAUUGUAGUGGACUCUUUUUAUUUCUCAAGAAACCAUUUGGAUUAACAUAAUUGGAGCAGAUUUGUAGACCAAAGAGCUAAUUUUGAGCUAUUCUUAUAGCUGUGGGUUCUGGAGCUAGUGUAGUUGAUAUUUGAUAGUAGGCUCGAUUAAGUCGUAGCAGCAGUUGGCAUUUACUUUUUGAAAUAUAUAUCAGUGAAAUCUACGUGAUUUGUGUAUAAAUUUGAAGUAGAGAAGGCUAAAGGUUGGUCUGAUUUGAUAUCCGUGGUUGAUGGUGUGACUGGGAAGCUCAUGGAGGAAUAUUGAAGCUGGAAAUGAAUGCGGGGACAUGGUGCAUGGACAGGAGCAUAGUUACUGGUCCGUUCCUUUGGAACCGUGCUACUGGAAAAUAAUUCUGGCAUUUUUGUUUGUGGAAGGCAUUUGUGUUCUAUAUUCUGGGAUUCUGUGCAAUGUCGCGUUGCUUUCCGUUCCCGCCACCAGGAUAUGAAAAGAAGGCUAGGACUGGCGAUCCAGACUUACUAAAAAAGGAGAAACAGAGAGAGAAGAAGCAUAGAAAGGAGAAGAAGGACAAAGAGAAGAGAGAUAGUAAAGAGAAAAAGGAGAAAGAUAGAAUUGAUGAAAAGCACAGGGAAAAGAAAGACAAAAAGGAAAAACAGAGAGAGAAAAAGGAGAAGGACAGGGAUAAAGAUAAAGAUAAAAGUAGCAACUCAGAUGAGAAGAGACUUCCAGGGAAAUCUGAGGAUCAUGAUGGAGAGAAAACCUCCAAUGAGAAAAAAUUGCUUCCAAAAUCUGAGGGUCACAAUGGAGAGAAAUUCAUUCAGAAAGACAAGGAAAAGAACAGAGAUUCAAGCAGUAUCUCCAGUGAGAAGAAAGUUGCUGGGCAAUUUUCGGGUUACAGUGGAGAGAAGCUCAGUCAGAACAGUUAUCUGGCUGGGGAUUCGAAGGAUUCUAAAUUUUUGCAGGAGCUGGGGAGGAGAGUCAGAGAUGAAGACAGAGCAACUGGGAACCAGUUGGUUGAGAAGUUUACCAGCACAGACCGAAAGAGGGAUGAGGGAGUUGUUAGAUUGGUGGCUAAGGCUACUCACAGCUUGGAUGGUGGUAAGGAAAAGAAGAAGGAUAAGAGAGGUGGUGAUGAAAGAAAGUUGGAUGAGCACGGUGUCAUGGAUGAGCACGGUGUCAGAGAUGAUGCAAGAUUUAGUGGACAUGCCAUGUUUCAGAGCCUUGCUGGAGUGGUUCAAACAAGAACUGAAGGUGUGCCCAGGCCACUGGAGAAAGAUGUUGAGAGCAAGACCGAAGGUAAAGAAAACACCAAAAAAAAGGAAGGAGAUGAUAAGCGUGGGGAUAAGCACAAGGAUAAAGAUAGGGAGAAAAAAGGCCAAGGGAAGGAAAAAGACAGGGAUAAAGAGAAGAAAAAAGAGGAGAAAGCGAAGAUGAAAAGUGAACAUAAGAAGGUAGAAAAGGAUAUUUUAAAAGACAAAAAGAAGAAUGACCUUCUAGGAACCCAUGAUAUGAAGACCUUGCGUCUUCCCAACAGUAGUGACAAGAAUGCUAUUAGUGAGGCAAAUAUUAGGAAACGAAAGGACUCUGAGACAAAUGGAUUUUAUCAUGCUAAUGACAACAGGCCUAAUAAGUUGCCAAGAUCCUCUUCUUCUGCCCAUUCAUCGACAGAGACCAAUAAGUUGACAAGACCCAUUUCAUCCUCUCAUCCAUUGACAGAGACCAAUGUGGUGCCAAGACCUACUUCAUCCCCUCAUCCAUUGACGGGGAAUGGAAAAAUUUUGGAACCUGGCCAAACUUCUGCCUUGUUUACUUCAGAUAGACAGGGUUCAGCCAAUAAUCUUAAGGCAGAUAAUAAAGAACGCAAGGUGAAUGGUAUGAUUUCAUCUCAGCCGUUGUCUGUCUCAACAGCGAAGUCUCUGUUUACGACUGUACAAGCUGAUCAAAUUGCUGAGGUAUCUAUGAAUCCACCUCAUCCAGAUACCAAAUAUCUAAACCAGAUACUAUCGGUUCCCAAAAGGGAAGAGUUGUCUAAGGACCAUGACCUGGAGUGGCUCAUUCAUGGCAGUAAUUCCCAGUUACAGAAGCCCAAGGUGAUAUCCCCUGGAAAUGAUGAGAUGCCAGAGGUUUGGGCAGAAGCCACGAGGAUAGAGUCAGCUGAUGUUUGUGCUCUGCCUUAUGUUAUUCCCUUUUGAUUGGUUUACAUAUGAGCAUAGUUUAUCCUCUCCCUGUAUGGAUUUGGGGGAAACCCUCCAUAGGAACACAUUACACAUUGUGGGAAACCGUAGCAGCAUCUGGGCUUUUCGGUGGAAAUUCUUCAAUAUUUUUGCUGCACUCGUCACCAUGUCUUUGAAAUGAUAUGUCACACGCUGUUGUGUGCCCUAGUGCACUGUUGCAGGACAAGGAUUGGAGGGGUAAUUUUAGUUGCUGGUUUGGGGGCACUAAUUCAUUAAAAAAAAUUGAUAAGGGCAACCUAGUGAGGUUGCCGGAGAAGGGAGAUGUAAAAGCUUGUGCAAUUUUAUUUCGUUUGCUUAAAGCUGAGGAGCUCUUUUCUAAUUGAGAAUGUAAGAGAAACUACUGGCAGUGUUUGAAACAGCACUGCAAUUUUGAUUUGUAACAUAGAACUGGUAUUUAGAAAAAUUGUAAGAUAGAGGGAAAGGAAAAGUAGCUGCAUUCAUUCAUUAACUCUCUCAUGUAACUGUUGUUCAUAAUCCCAUUAAGUUCUCUA